CGCCAUGUGGAGUAUAAUCGUCAUCUCUCUCUUUUCACUCUCUCUCUCUCUCUCUCAUCAAACGAUCGCUAUCUUGAGAAAAAACGAUGACUUCGUCGUCGCUGUCAAGCAAUCCGGUGGUUGCUGAAGAAAUACCUUCUGCAGAUCUUACUGAGACAACUACGACGAAUACGGUGACUUCGGAAGCUCCGGAGAAGAAGGUGAGGAAAGCUUACACCAUCACCAAGUCCAGAGAGAGUUGGACUGAAGGAGAACACGACAAGUUUCUCGAAGCUCUUCAAUUGUUCGAUCGUGACUGGAAAAAGAUUGAAGAUUUUAUUGGUUCAAAGACAGUAAUUCAGAUCAGGAGCCAUGCCCAAAAAUACUUUUUGAAGGUCCAGAAAAACGGGACUUUAGCACACGUGCCACCCCCUAGGCCUAAACGCAAAGCUGCUCAUCCAUAUCCUCAAAAGGCAUCUAAGAAUGCUCAAAUGUCGCUUCAUGUUUCCAUGUCCUUUCCUACUCAAAUAAGUAACGUGCCUGGAUAUACUUCAUGGGAUGAUGAUACCUCUGCAUUGCUUAACAUAGCCGUAAGCGAGGUUGUUCUACCAAAAGAUGAACUUACUACUCUUUGUGGAGGAGAAGAUGUUAUUGAAUCGAAUGACUCAACAAGUGGGGUUAGUCCUUCAGCAUCUGGUGUAGGAAGCUCAAGCAGAACACUGUCAGAUUCCAAGUGUCUAAGACCAGCGAAUCAAGCUCCCUCAAUGCACGGUCUUCCUGAUUUUGCUGAAGUUUAUAACUUCAUUGGGAGUGUCUUCGAUCCUGACAGCAAAGGCCGCAUGAAAAAGCUCAAGGAAAUGGAUCCUAUAAAUUUCGAGACUGUUCUGCUAUUAAUGAGAAACCUCACAGUGAACUUGUCAAACCCUGACUUCGAACCUGCUUCUGAAUACUCUGAUGCUGCAGGGGAAGGUCCUGAACAAUUAAGCUCUUAGCUGUAGUGUGGGACCCCUGGUCAAGAACCAAACAAGUGAUAUAUCCUCUUGAGGACUUCUUGCUCACAACAACUGUCUAUCAGCUAGCAAAUGCUGCUUACGGUUGUUGUCUGAGGAGAACAUAACUGACCAAGAGGGGAUUAUGGCAGUUUUGGUGAGAACCAGUUCGGUGAAUGGUAGCUCUUAUAUGUGGAUUUAUCAAUGUGUGUUAUGUAGUAAAAAAGAAUGAUAUCUAUUUAUUUGUUCAUGCGUUUUGUAAUCUAUAGUUACAUUGUAUUUUUUUGGUCAUACAUAUACUGAAACCAAAGGCAAUAAUAUAUCAGAUACCAAGUGCCACUAAACUCGACUGCUGUUUGUAUCUGUAGCAUCCAGCCUCUCGUAAUAUUCGAAAGCCC